ACAGGUUUCAUGACAGGCCGACUAAUCGCAGACAAUGGUCUUCUCGCCCACCCGGCCAUGUCACACGUACAAACACAAGCACAACAGCAGCACCCCGGAGUGAUCUUCCUAUGGCAUCAGAAAAAAGCAUACGACCGCAUUGCUCCUGGAUAUCUGGAACAAAUCAUCUGUAAUCUCUAUUUU